AAGAAGAAUUGUCAGUUGUCCAGUUCCUAACCUAAUUUCAAUUUUUUCGCUGUUUUGCAAAAAUAGUUUCAAAUUUUGCAAUAAAUAAAAUAUUGUGUUUUUCCGAUGGCUACUCAUUGGGAGGAAUUCUACUCCAGUCAUUUGCCACCAAUCGAUUUCGAGGACAAUCGUAAAUUGCUGCAAGAAUUUUGCGAAAGGCACAAUGAAAAUAACGAAAAAAUUGUUUUAAUUACGUCCGGUGGUACCACUGUCCCUCUGGAACACAACACAGUGAGAUUUGUAGACAAUUUCAGUGCAGGUACAAGGGGUGCCGCCAGUGCGGAGUACUUUUUAGAGCACGGCUACGUUACUAUAUUUAUGCACCGCCUGAAAAGCUUGGAACCGUUCACGAGACAUUUCAACGGGCAGAAAUUCAUGGACAUGCUGGAUUUGAACGAAAGGGGACCCAAUACAACCAUAACCGUCAGACCUGAUGGGGUGGAUGUGCUGGCUCCAAUUUUGUCUCGAUAUAAAGCCGCCCAGGAUAACGGCAGGAUAUUGUAUGUAAACUUUACAACAGUUUCGGACUACUUUUGGUUAUUGAGGGCCGUUUGUGAGUGUUUGGCGCAAUUCGGAGCUCGGGCCUUGCUUUACUUAGCGGCCGCAGUUUCUGACUUUUAUGUUCCUGCAAAUCAGAUUCCUACACAUAAAAUGCAAUCAGGCGGGGGUCCCCCUAAUAUCCAACUUCAGUUGGUACCUAAACUAUUAGCUCCUUUAGUGAGCUUGUGGGUACCACUAGCAUUUGUGGUGUCUUUUAAGUUAGAAACUGAUGAAAGUAUUUUAAUAAGUAAAUCUAGGGAUGCUUUAAAUAAAUACAAACAUAAGCUUGUAGUUGGUAAUAUGCUCCAAACAAGACGAACCAAAGUAGUUUUUGUGACUCCCGAUAAUAACUAUGAGUUAAUUUUAUCAAGAGAGCAAGUCCACAAUGGCAUGGAAAUAGAAGAAAUUAUAGUUUCAAAUGUUGUAGCCAAUCAUUUAGAUUAUAUUAAAAUACAAAAAUACUAGAAAAAUAUUGGCAAAUCGACGGAGAAAUUUUAAAGAAAAUAUCAUAUUGAUGGUUUAGGUGGUAAAUGUUUAUUUAGAUAAUCACUUCUAAUCAGGGUAACAAUAGAAAUUCUAUAUUUUAAAUUCUGAAGGUGUAGCUAAAACAUAUCUAAAAAAAAGGGAUCAUUGGUAUUAUUACCCUAAGACUGUGGUAAAAAUAUUUCUAGAGUGCCAACACUUUUAGAUUCAUGCCUUUAUGAAAAUAUAUACAAAAAAUACCGAAUUGGAACAAUUAGAAUAUUUUGUGUUAAUGUGGUGUUAAAUAUCUUCUAGAGGUAUUGAUUAAUGUGCAUUUAGUUUUUGUAGGCUCACUUUUGCGAUUUAAUGUUAAUCUUUGAGACAAAUCAAUGAAAUUUUUUUCCUCUUGAAGGUAGCAAUGUUUUGAAUAAAUCUCGUUUUUUUGAUCCUAAAUUUCCCAAAGAAAGUAGUGAGAUGAUGGUAAGAACUGGAGCUUUCCCUAUGAAAAAAAAAAAAAUGGAACAAAGAAAGAAUAUCAAAGUUGUGCAGAGUAGGCAGCUACUACAGAACAACUUCAACACCCAGGGUUUUUGGUUCAUGUUGGUUCCAGAACAUUUUUUCAUUUGAAGGAUGUGUCUGCAUAAUAAAAUUGUCAGUAAUGAUAUAUUUCACUGUAAUUUGGUACCAUUGGAAACUUGACAAUCAAGCAAAUCCAGGUAGUAACUGCAUUAGAAACCUAAAGGUGCGUACAGACAUGCAACAGAAAGCCGUAACGUAACUUCACCGCGUAUCAAGCACGCGACAUGUUCUGUUGCGCGACGUUGUUACGUUGCGAUGAGGAAAGUGGGUUUAGUUUGGUGCAACAGAACAUCGCCGCGCAACAUCGGCGCGGAACAUUUAGGCGUCCCAGCUUUUUAGCAACGUUUUUAGUUAGUUGGUAUCUACGUUCAAGCAAGAUGGACAUUGCUGCUGCAGCUUACAUAGUUAUGCACUAUUUAGUGCAUAAGAGAAAACGCAGACCAAGACGCUGGUGGCAGACUCAAUUAUACACCAGUAGAACUGUGUACAGUGGUCGUCAUUUAUUGAGAGACCUAAACUUCCAGUCUGUGAGUGGUCUAUACAAAAACUUUACCAGAAUGUCGCCAACUGAUUUUGAAUUUUUGAUUAACCUAAUCGGUCCAAAAGUAUCAAGAAGAGACACUAAUUGGAGACAAGCUAUUUCGGUUCAGGAAAGAUUGGCAGUAACAAUGCGUUUUCUGGCGACUGGAGAUUCCUUCACGAGUCUGCAAUAUCUGUUCAAAAUUUCGAAACAAUCGAUAAGCGCUAUAGUACCAGAAGUGUGUGAAGCUCUCAUAGAAGGGUUGAAGGAGAAUAUACAGGUAUGUUGAUUUAUUUAUUGCUCAAAAUUCUUUAUUAUAAAACAUUUUUCUAUAAAAUUUUGUUCUUGAAUAUCAUUUAAUUAUCUGGCAAGUUUAAAUCAGUUAGUAAUGUUGCACUGGUAAAUGGGGGUGGAUUGCUGGUAGAAGCGGAAUAAUUUGUCAUACCCGAGCAUUGUGAACUUGCUGAUGCUGGAGAUAUUAGUGGCAGUGGUACCGGUGAAAACUGAGGCGCUUGGGAUGAUGCGUCAGUUGCAAAAUCCCAAUGAGCUGCGGGACGGGGUGAAUAUGGGGAUUGUAUCAACUGAGUAUCUUGGUAAACCGAAUCACGUUGUACAAGUUCGCUUUGGAUUGUGGAAUAAUUGUUUGAUUGAUAACCUCUUGGAGCGGGAUAUUGAUUAUAAUACCCCUUGUCUGCCGCAAAUAAAAUAUUCAUGAUGGCUUCUUGUACUGCCGUUUGUGCUACGUUCGAAUAUUUACUAAGUUUCUUGGCUACAAGAUUUCCAAAUAUUUGACAUUCGCUUGGAUCCUGCGGUGGUUCCUUAUUCGAUGCCUUUGUUAGAAUUUCGAAAGCAGCAUCCAAUUUUUCAACUGCACGUUUUUUGUUCGGGAUACUAUGAGUCAUCUGAGGGGGUUUUCUUUCCUUGUUACUGACUCUAAUCCGAGUCUUUGGAGUCUGCUGAGACUCGUUGGGCUCCUGGGUCACGCGAAGCUCAUGAGUCUCGUGAGACUGCUGAGUCCCGUGAGGCUUCUGAAUCUCAUGAUGCUCUUCAGUCUCGUCAGGCUCUUGUAUGUCGUUAGUCUUCUGGGGCUCCUCAGAGUCCGGAUUCAUAUCUUGCAAAGCGGUAUCAUCAUCUACAUCAUUACUUUCGUCUGUUUCUUUAUCAAUCUGCAACCAAAUAAAAAGUUCUGUUGAUAUUUUUUCGAUAAUAUGACAAAAUAGUUUUCUGGGUUGGGAAAGAAAUGUCUUGUAGAUCAGGUCAUAAAUUCAAGGUUUUUUAGUUAGUAGAAUCAUUAUUCUUUGAAGUUUCUGAAAACGAUAUUUUUUACAGAUACCAACAACAUCAGAGGGGUGGUUACAAGUAGCAAAACAAUACAACGAUAUUUGGAACUUUCCGCACUGCCUAGGGGCAAUCGAUGGAAAACACGUCGUUUUGCAAGCACCUAUUAAUACAGGAAGCGAUUUUUUUAACUACAAAUCGACAUUCAGCAUAGUUCUUUUUGCAGUAGUAGAUGCUCAUUACAACUUUUUGUAUGUUGAUGCUGGAGGCCAAGGAAGAAUUUCUGAUGGUGGCAUUUUCAAAAAUUGUUCCCUGUUCAAAAAACUAGAAAAAAAUGAGUUAAGAUUGCCACUAGCUGAAGCUUUGGAUGGUAGACAACGCGAAAUUCCCUAUUUUUUCAUUGGAGAUGAGGCGUUUGCUCUCACUGAUACAUUAAUGAAACCGUUUUCGGGAAUUCACCCCAAAGGAUCAUUACAAAGGGUUUAUAAUUAUAGAUUAUCUCGCGCGCGAAGAGUCGUAGAGAAUGUAUUUGGUAUUGCUUCAGCAGUAUUUAGAGCACUCCGGAAACCCAUGCUGCUAAGUCCUGAAAAGGCUGAGCUCAUUGUAAUGGCAAUAGCUCACUUACAUAAUUUCUUAAGGAAAAGUUCCUCCUCCUGUCACUUGUAUACACCAAACGGAACAUUCGAUACGGAAGUAGAGGGAAAACUUGUCGAUGGAGCGAGAGCUUCAAGUAAUGAACCAACUACUUCGCUACUUCCUCUCAGAAAUAUUCCCAGAAAACCAUCCAUACAGGCUAAAGCAAUUCGAGAAGAAUUGGCUGAUUUCUUUCAAAAUGAAGGGCGGAUUUUGUGGCAAGAUAAAUAUACUUAAAUAAUAUUGAAAAAAAUAAAUAAAUAAAUAAAUAAACACUUACAGAGCUUUGAGUAUUGCGUACUUUGUUUUUGUCCCACAGGAAUAGCAAGCUCUUGAAUGCGAACCAAGAACUUUCAUACACAUCGGAACGCCCUACAAUUGAAAUAAUAGUAUAUUAAUCAAUUCAUAUUAUACUAUUACAAAAGUCAAUUGGAACAAGGUACCAACUGGUGGCUGACUGAUGGUCACUGGAAAGUUCCAUAAGAAAUGCACUGCCGCCACUGCCACUAGUCAGCCGGCCACCAGUAUGAUUUAUGUUUACCUUGUUCCAAUUGACUUUGGAAAAACUAUACCAGUAGUAACAACCCAAGGACAUUGAUAAUUGUUCGAAAACAUUUUUUUAACAGGUUUCGAAAGCUUGUUGAAGGCAACAAGCUUGAGAAAGUUGUUAAAAAAAUUGGCUGUUAGAAGUGUCAAAAAAAUUUAAUUAAUUAAUAAAUCUUUACCUGUUCCGGUGCCCAUGCUUUUUUUAAUUUUUGACUUUUCCCGCCUCAGCGCUGACUGCAACGCACUAAUUUUCUUCUUGCACUCGUCAAUCGUAGCACCUACACUUCUUGCGACAUCUUCCCACGCAUCAUUUUUCUGAAUUUUAUUAAAAUAUCUGGGAUGUUUGUUAUUCCAUAAAAUUUCCUUCCCUCUAUAAAUUUCGAUAAACUCAAGCACACUGUCUUCCGUCCACUCCAUUUCUAUCGAAAUCAAAAUAGCAACUGAAUUUGACUGGAAAUAGUGGAAAUACAAAAGGGCAAAACCAAAACAACGGCACCGGGUUCGCAAGCACGUCCAGACUAAAAAAAUCAAGUGCAACAUCGCCGCGAACAUUUCUUUGAUGCGGUGUCGAUUUACCGACAACCGAUGGGACGCUGCGAUGUUACGGUGUUACGCGGUUGCUGUACUGCUACGAUGUUGCAGAGUACGGUCCAGAUAUGUCGCGUACUUGUUACGCGGUGAAGUUACGUUACGGCGUUCUGUUGCAUGUCUGUACGCACCUUAAUAUAUUAUGCACUAUUAUCUGUUCACAAUCCGAUGUCCACUGGUACCGGUAAAAUUUAUCACCUUUCAAAUGCUAUUUGAUAGGGAAAGGUGAUAAAUGUACCUGCACCUGUGGACAUCGGAUUGUGAACAGAAUAUAUGUUAUAAAUCAAAUCUUCCACUAAUUCUCUAGCUUAAAAUCUAUCUGGAAAAUGUAGGUACCUACAGAUAUGUUAUAAAUGGCCUACUUAGACGUUUUGUGAAUGUAAAAAAUGAUGGCAUGAAGUAAAGUAUGAAAUGCAAAAAACAAUAUUUAUUCAAAAUAUCAUUCAGCAAAGCGCCUUAUCUGUAUAUUUUUGCUGCCAUAAGAUAAAAUGGUAUAUUCCUUGAGAAAAACAUAUAGGCAUAUAAAUAUAUAACCCUAAGUCCUAAAACUGAUUGAUUUAUAUAUAGUUUCUAUCUUUUUUAUAACUUUUGUACUAGUUUGUUUUAUAUAACGAAAAAAAAAAACUAUAUUUAUUAUAAAAAAAAACCUGUUGUGAAUUCUGCAAAUUGUUAAAUCGCACUUUAAAUGUCUGUCCAGCAUAUCAAAGCGCUAUGGGUGUAUAGAAUAUUAGUACAACAUAUAAAUGUAUAUCUUAAUAUAUUAUGUAUUUUCAAAUUGUUGCGUAUAAAAUUUCACAACCCUUGAAAAAACCCAUGUAAGUCAAUUACUAAUUUUUCUCCAGUUGUACUUAAGUGAUAAUCUUAUCUAGCUUUAUAUGGGUUUUUGAGGCAUACUUUAAGUUUUUGGGCUGUGUCUUUAUCUAAAUAUCUUCGUACGUAAAUUUCAAACAAUCGGUCGCUGUAGAGGAGCUUAUGAAGUCGAUCACCAUAUUUUCUAAAAAAAUGUAUGAAAGUUGUUUCAACAACAAAACGCACAAAUUUUACCUUGCUUCAAGAGUUUUAUCAUUCAAAAACUUAACCAUAUUCACAAUAAUCCUUUUCCUAGUAAAAUCGCUGUUAUUCGGAUUCAAAAUGUAGCUUGACCCGGCAAUUACUACAGCGCACACUACUAAUCUUGCCGUAGCUAUUCGUACCAAGGAGUUUUUAUGUUCGGGACCCUUAAAUUUGAAAUUUAGCUGCAUUAUCGGAGACACCUAUUUGGUUACCUUUGCACAAAGCGACCUAAUUGCGUGCAAAAUCGGUAUGUGCGUAACCAUACAAUCUAA